GGGAUUUAUAAUAAAUGGAAGAUCCCAUCUCUCAUAAUCACACAAUCAAUCGAGGAAUUUUUCUUCUUAAAUUUUUGCAUUCAGAAGAGAGAUAUUAGGAGCAAUUGAAGUUACAACACUGUAACAGCUCAAAAAAUUUUCAAAUACAGGAAGAUGACAGUGCUGAACCCUCUUCUUUUUCCCUUAAUUACUCUCUCUUCUUCAUCAAAUGGCAUUAAAACCUUUGAAUCCUUCUUCCUUUCUCCUUCUCCUUCAAAACCCAACAAAACCCUUUUUUUUUUAUUUCCACAAAAAAAAAGCUCAAAAAACCUCCAUCGAUGAGCUUCCAUGGAUUACUCUGUUGCAGAAAUGAGCUGUGUUCUCAAUUCAAGUGUGCAAUGUGAAGCUUGCAAGGCUAAAGUCUAUGAAAUUCUCCAGAAUAUCUAUGGUGUUUAUACAAUUUCAAUGGAUGCAGAGGAAGGGACAGUCAAAAUCAGUGGAAGAGUGAAUCCAAGAACUUUCCUAAGAGUGCUUGAAAACUCAGGGAAACAUGCAGAGGUAAAAAGUAUGAGAUUUGAUGGUGAAGUUGUGGAGAAAAGAUAUUACCCUUAUGGAGAAGCUCCCACUUCUUAUGACCAUCCAUACCCACAUCCUCUUUUGGACUGCCCUGAACAUCCUCCCUAUUCUGACAGAACUUACAAUGUCUUGCCAUUUCCGCCACCGCCGCCGCCACUGCCGCCGCCAUCGUACCCUUGGCAGUUCAUGCCGCCACCGCCGCCGCCAGCCCCCUGGGCAAUGCCAAUGUGGCGACCUCCACUGCCGCUGCUGCCGCCGCCUUAUGAAGCUUCAAAUGAAGAUAGCAAUCAUAAAUGUUGUAGGGUUAUGUGAGAGAUAUUGCAAUAAGAUUAUGUAGAGAGACUAUGGUUAAUAUUUUCACUGCUUUCUUCCUCUGUUUCUUGAAGAACAACAAACAGCAAACACCAAAUUCUCCUGGUUCUACCAAAAUUUUUGUACAGCGAGAAAGAACGCAGUAAAGAUAGAAAGAUGAGGAAGGCAAAUAAAAGGGUGUUUAAUAAGCCAUUAUGUAACAAGAUUUGUACAAGACUCUCUAAAUUCCCACCAAGAUCAGCAGAUACAGAGCCAGCCAAACAAAAGCUUGAAAAAGCAAAAGAAAAAAAAAAAGGACUAAGCUAAUAUAUCCGCAUCUUAAACUAGCAUCACAUCCAUAUAACGUAACUAUACAAACACCAAGCUUCAAAAUUUAUACGCUCAAAAAGUAGAGCUAUAUGUUCCUUUUUUUCUCUUUGGGGAAUUUCAUCAAACACUUGGUGGG